AUGAAAAAAGCCAAUGCUUCAAGAUAUGAUUAUGAGAAUUAUGAGGACAGAGAUGUAGCAAAGGCUAUAAAUAAGAGGGACCGCAACGAUGCCAGCAGGGAAGCCCGUGAAAAGGCCGAAACGGCAAUGGCAAAUUUAUCAUUAGAUGGUCCUUUGAAACGGAUUAACGAUAAAGGAACUGCAUUUAAGGACGCAAUAUAUUAUGACGAUUCAAAGAGGGGGAAAGAAUCACAAAAGCGCAAGCCGAAGAUUCCUCUAGUUCCAAGCAGAAGCGGUAGUAAAUCUAGAACUGACAACGCGGGAGUACAAGGAAGGGAGGGCCGUGGUAGUGCAAGAGAAAAAGGCAAGCGCGAUAGGCCUGCCAGCGCCUCUAGAACCAGGGAUUCGUUGAAAAAACCUGCCACGGCUAACUCUUCAAGUUCUACCAAAACUCCCACUGCCAGCUCUUCAAAUACCAUGAGCGGAACAGAAGCUGAACCCACGACAGACUACCCAUACACACGGAACAAGGAAGGUCGUUACAUAUGCCCAGUAAAGGGCUGUGAAACCAAGAGCUACUCCGAGAGGUCAAGAUUUCGAACGCAUUACGACACUAAACAUACGCGCAGGGCAGAAUUAUACUAUUGCGAUCUUGGCCAUGAGUGUAGAGAGGAACCAUUCGAUCGUCACGAUUCAUACCUCAAACAUUUGAGGUCGGACCGGCAUCAAAGAAAACAGGCAGACCAUGAAAAUAAAGUAAACAAAACCAACACUCUUUUCUGA